UUAACCUAGCUGUAAUAUGGAUACCACUAUCGAAAGCGAAGAGCUGGUUUCUGGGGAAGUGGGGUCUGUGGCACAUGCUCUUUCUCUCCUAGCCGAGUCCUAUGGCAACGUCCCUGAUAUUGAGAUGGCUUGGGCCAUGAGAGCAAUGCAGCAUGCCGAAGUCUAUUACAAACUGAUUUCAUCAAUUGACCCACAGUUCCUGAAACUCACCAAAGUAGAUGACCAAAUCUACUCUGAGUUCCGUGGAAAUUUAGAGAAGCUCAGGGUAGAUGCAUUAGACCCAGAAGAACUCAAAUCAGAAUCAGCUAAAGAGAAGUGGAGGCCAUUCUGCUUAAAAUUUGAAGGGAUUGUAGAAGACUACAACUAUGGUACUUUGCUGAGACUGGACUGUUCCCAUGGCUACACUGAGGAGAACACCAUCUUUGCACCCAGGAUUCAGUUUUUUGCAAUUGAAAUUGCUUGGAAGGGGUCAACAGAGAAAACUGGGCCUGCAGGUGGCUCAGCUGGUGAAGGUACUUCUGCUGACAUUGACGACCUGAGCUCCAUCUCUGGAACCCCAUGGCUAAGAAGAGGACUGACCCUGAAGGUCGUCCUCUGA